GGAGUAAACACAUAACAGUUAGUUAUCCUUUUAGCCUUUAGGUAGCCCUGUGACUGUGUGGCCACGAGUCUGCAGCUGAAGCAAAGAAGCUAAAGUGGAGUGUGUGGGUGUGUGAGAGAGAGAUUAGCGUAGCGUUGGUGGGUGAUAGACUCAGAAAGUGUUGGCCAUUAAACUUGUUGCUCAUGGCAUCGUCAUUCUCAACGCAAUUGCUGCAAAGUCAGAACCUACUCCCUCGUUUUCAUCAUCAUAUUCAGGGGAAUUUCGGCCAAGAUGUGUCAAAAGUUCAGAGGCCACGUGUGGUCUUCAGCGGUACCAAAUCACAGCUUGGUUACAGCAAAACAUUGGCGUCAACAUCUCAUUAUGCUGCCAAAUUUUCUGUUUCACCACAAUCUGAUGCUAAAUCAAUCACAUAUAGAAGAAUGUCAUGUAUUAAUUCUAUGGAAAAUGCUCUAGAGGUGCAAGCCAAAGUGACAAACAAGUGUUUCUUUGAUGUACAAGUUGGGGGUGAACCUAUUGGCAGGAUUGUUUUUGGUCUAUUUGGAGAGGUUGUUCCCAAAACAGUUGAGAAUUUCCGUGCUUUAUGCACAGGAGAGAAAGGAUAUGGCUACAAAGGAUGCUACUUCCAUCGUAUAAUCAAAGAUUUCAUGAUUCAGGGAGGGGACUUCACUGAAGGAGAUGGAACUGGCGGGAUCAGUAUCUAUGGUGCUAAAUUUGAAGAUGAAAAUUUCGCCUUGAAGCAUGUUGGUCCUGGAGUUUUGAGCAUGGCAAAUGCCGGUCCUAAUACCAAUGGUAGUCAAUUUUUUAUUUGCACUGUACAGACUCCAUGGUUAGACAAUCGUCAUGUUGUGUUUGGACAUGUAAUUGAUGGAAUGGAUGUUGUAAGGACACUUGAAUCACAGGAGACUAGCAAGUUUGAUAAUAGCCCGCGAAAGCCAUGCAAAAUUGCAAAUUCUGGAGAACUGCCUAUAGAUAAUUGAUCUUUACACUGAAGUGCAUUUUUCUGACUGUCAAAAACAAUUUUCAGUUGAGGAGGGGGUAUGGAUACCUGCAAUGAUUCUGUGUUUGAAUAAUCAUUGACCUCUGCCGAAGGAAAAUUUGACUGUCGUUACACGUGCAUUUAGUGAAUUAUAAUUAUUAGAGAUGUAAGAUCCAUAUUUUCUAUUACCAGACUGUAUGAAAAAUCCUCAUAUAGUAGAUGCUUUUUUCUCUUAUAAAUUUCUAGUUCUGCCAUUUACAUUUACAAGUUUUCCAUCCAUUUCAUGAUGCCAAUUGCAAGAUUCAUAUAUUUAAGCAUCCCCAUACUGUGGAGACAAUUCCCAAAUUAUUGUAAAUUCAGAUCGAGGCAAGCUCUGCUGAGGUAGAAACUCUUGCUUUGCUUGAUAAGUGUGUUAAAAUAUUUUAUCCAAGCAAAAUCCUAUGCAAGGACCAUAGUUUCAACUGCUGGGGUUUGGAUCAUUUGCUCUUGCGUGCCUUCCUCAGCCUCCCAUAUUUCAGGCAAUGCUUCUUUGAUAUUAUGAAUGCUAUUCAGGGCAUGAUCAGCGCCAGGCACCAGAUCUGAACGGCCCACCUGCCAUCAGUGUGUUAUUACUUGUCAUUGUCAGCUUGCAUUGGAUUGCAUUACAUGUGAACACAGAUUGUGGAGUUAUUUAAUUUCUUAGAUCGACUUAUACGAGGCAUAGAUAGCAAAUUAUAGCUUACGAUAACAGUGUGAAGUCCUGCUACUUUUCCACUUGCAACAUUUCUAGCGCUGUCAUCAAAGAAAACCUGCAGAAGAUAGAAAGACUAUGAAUUGAUUCCAAGAAGUUAUCUUUCAUAUCACUUUCUAGGUGAGUAAUGAGUCUUACCGUUUUCUCAGGAUCCACGUUAGCAGUCCGAAUAGCAGCUUCGAAAGCUUCCACAGAUGGUUUGCAAAGGAUUUGAGAGUGGGAGUUGAAACAUCCUUUCUCUGUUGAAUCACAGGCAUUAUUUAAUGGUGUAAUAUCUGGGAACGCAUAAUUAUCAUCCAUGCAACUACUUUGUUUGGGAGGAUUAAGCGUUUCAAAGCAUAUGAUGCCCUCAAAACAAUCUUCCAAGCCCAAUCUGUUGAGAACUUUAACUGCAUGUGCGUGAUCUGCAUUGGUGAAUAUCUGCAAACGAUAUUUUCGAGUUUAUGAAUAUUAUGAAAUGCUCUUUGCUGAACAAACUAGUACCGAAGUUGACCUUUAUUCCUAACAUACUAUUUUACGCUGGGGCAUGGAAAGCAGAAGGUUCCUUAAUACUGGAUCAGGCUUCAGUUUCUCGUAUGGUAAUCUUCCAUGUAUAUAAGCAUGAAACUCGUCAUUGUCAAACUCAUAACCAAGGACCUGAGAGAAAAUUAAAACUUACAUAAACUCAUUGAUAUUACAUCAUUGACAGUGAAUCAACAUUUCAGAAGAAAGUGUGAUGACGAGAAAAUUGAGGGCAAUACCACAACCUCAUCAUACCUUCAAUCCUGCCAUAGUUGUACCAUAUUCCCCAUAUAAAUCUAGGCACAUCUUUGGUACUUCACUCUGUUCAAUAUGCAAGUGUUCUAACAUAUACUCUGUAAACAAGAUUUAAAUACAGUAGUACUUCUAUCACGUAUGAGAUUAUCUGAACACAAGAUUU